CCCCGAUCCGAGGAAAGGAGGCGACGCCGAACCGCCGCCUCGGCUUUUCAUGUGUCCGCGGCGCGUAGCUGUCACUCCCCACCCGCAUCGUCCCAACUGUGCGGGGCAUUUCUUGGUUCGUUAACAAGGACAAACGGGCAACAGCGAGUCGGUGCUAUUGAAGUAAGUCAAACUGUAACCAUUGCCCUUCUGUUCUGGUUCUGACCUUGAAGUGGGUAACUUUGCCUACAAAUGGAUAAUGGAGACUGGGGCUAUAGGAUGACUGAUCCUGUUACCUUGAAUGUGGGAGGCCACCUUUAUACCACCAGUUUGUCAACCCUGCAACGCUAUCCAGACUCCAUGCUGGGAGCAAUGUUCCGGGGAGAUUUCCCCACAACGCGGGAUUCCCAAGGAAAUUACUUCAUCGAUCGUGAUGGGACACUUUUCCGGUACAUCCUGAACUUCUUGCGAACAUCUGAGCUUACUGUUCCUAUGGACUUCACAGAGACAGACCUCCUUAGGAAAGAGGCAGACUUCUACCAGAUUGAACCCUUGAUCCAGUGCCUUAAUGAUCCCAAGCCACUCUACCCUCCUGACAUCUUUGAGCAGGUAGUGGAGCUCUCAAGCACACGGAAACUGUCAAAGUAUUCAAAUCCAGUGGCUGUUAUAAUCACACAGCUAACCAUAACUACAAAGGUCCAUGCCUUACUAGAGGGUAUUUCCAACAACUUUACAAAGUGGAACAAACACAUGAUGGACACUAGAGACUGUCAGGUGUCCUUCACAUUUGGACCAUGUGACUAUCACCAAGAGGUGUCUCUAAGGGUUCACUUAAUGGACUACAUAAUGAAGCAAGGGUUCACUAUUCGCAACACGCGUGUGCAUCACAUGAGUGAGCGGGCAAAUGAAAACACAGUGGAACAUCACUGGACUUUCUGUAGGCCAGCUCACAAAGUUGAAGACUGAGAUAAAAGACAGUUGUGGGUAGAUGACAUACUAAAUUGGGACAGUUUAAAACAUGAUUGGAAAAUGAAUGAAUUAGAUUUUGAAGAUGUAUCACCAAAAAUUGGCUUUUUUUAAAAAUUUCAAUUAAUGUGGUACAUAAAGGGAAGGAACAUGGUCAUGACAGAUGGCAUGAACAUCAAACAGUUUUUUUUUAAUUUAAUGGUCAACAGAAAUUAGAUAAGGUAUUAUGGAAACUUUCUAAAAUGUAAUGCAUAACCACCUAGUGUUGUGCUUGGUACAAAGAAGCUAUUGCAUUGAUUCACUCAUUUGACCAUGUGACAAGCUGUUGCCAUCGGAGGGGUUUGGAUGAAAGGAACACCGGAUUUAUUUAAUACAAUAUCUCCGUGCACAUUCCGUACGGCUGGUACACUCAGGUGCUGGUGCCGCUGCUGCCUCGCUUGCUCUCACGCUCUCCUUCAGAGCGACAUCUAACUCGCUUUCUCUCUCGCUGGUGUUGCGUCCGCCUGUGUUCACCUCCCGUGUCAGUCCAGGACCAAGAUUCACUGUGCUAUAUAAGCCUAGAAUCAGAAUCAGAAAACUUUAUUCAUCCCCGAGUUAGGCACACCUGAGGCUGAUCGCUAAUCAGCCGCCCUAAUAUCAGAACGCUCUCCUGUGAAACACGGCCCUUCUCUCCGCUUCCAUCCGACACUGUACCACAGACCACAAUUUUUCUGAAUGUGUCAAGGGAAAUGAGUACUUCUAUUUUAUCAGAGCAAUCAACAAGAUGUGACUACAAAGGAUCAGAAGCAUCUGUUUGCUUUGUUUGUAAUAAAGCAUUUGUUUUCUAUUGUAAAAGCAACCCAGUCUAUCUUAUUUUUACUGAGGAACACUAUUUUACCUUUAAUAUCAAAGCUAUGGUUGUGGGUAGAAUGAUGUCCUUAAGAUUAAUUAUGUAUCUGAUAUUAUUGUUCAUGUUGCUGGAGUCUACCACCCUGUUUUACACACAGAUCAGCCAUAACUGGUUGACUAAUUGAUUUAAAUGUGUAAAUGUACCUUAAGAGCGUACAAUUUAGAGGUUGAAAUGAGUAUGCUAUUUAUCUAUUAUUCACUCACUUUGCUUGUAACAAAAAUAAUUUUAGAUUGUAAAAUAUUAUGCAUAUUAAUGCACCUUGUACAGCGGAUUGUCUUGCUUCGGGCACUAAUUAAGUACUGUUUUGGGUGACCAUUUUGGUUGAGGAAUACCCUGUUUUACCACAGUUGGACCAAGAUAGUAAAUGUUAUGCCAACGAAUUUACCAUAAAAAUAGGCAUACAAAAUAUGAUUAGGCCAGUUUUUCUGAAGACUGGCAAUAGAUUGAAAAAUUUGACUUUUUAGCACUGCAUUACUAAUUGUAAGGUACUAUUUGUGAAAGCCCUUGUAGUGUUGCAUGUGUCUUGAGUUCCUUGUGUAUGUAUAUGUAUUUUCCAAGUGUAUAUCUGCACUGUUAAGUCAACAUGUUACAUGAUAGCGCUCUUAUUACCAGUGGUGUAAUUGGUUCCUGAAAGUCAAAUAAAACCAUCUGUUUA